CUUGCACUUUGCACGUUGUUACAGCCCCUCCCUGUGAUCCGUGGAAAGUGAAAGGGAAUUCGCUGAGGGCCCUGCCAGCCCCGGAGAAGAUGGCGACUCUGUGGGGAUGGAGGGCAGGGACCAUGGGGCUGGGGGGUCUCCUCAUCCCCCUCCUCUUCCUUGGGGUGGCCGAUUCCCAGCUGGUCCUGUCCGUGGGCCCCUCCCCGGUGAGGGCUGCGCUGGGCUCCGACGUACAGCUGCCCUGCACCUUCACCGUCAUGGAGCGCUUUGAGAUCACUAAGUUCUACCUGGCCUGGUCUCUGGGGGGCCACAGGGUGGCCGAGUACAUCAGAGAACAGAAAAUCUACCAGCAGGGAUCAGAGCUUUUCCCCGAGGAGCUGAGCAGGGGGAACUGCUCCCUGCGGCUGCGCCAAGUGGCCGUUCGGGACGGAGGCAGAUACACCAGCACAGUCAUCUACACGCCCGACAAGGAGGAGAAGCAGCUGGAGCUGCAGGUGACGGCUGCUCCCAGACUCUCCAUCCCCCGGAAAGCAGGAGUGUUAAACGCAGCGACCUCCUUCCCCUGCCACGUGUGGGGAUUCUACCCCCAGGACGUCACCGUCACGUGGCUGAGAGACGGGCGGGUUCUGACCGACGCCACCCGCUCUGCCCCCCAGAGGAACCCGGACGGGACCUUUAACCUCACCCUGACCCACACCUUCACCCCCACCGCGAACGACUCCGGCAGCAUCUUCUCCUGCCACGUCAGCCACGCGGCUCUGGCCCAGCCCCUGCGGGAGGAGUUCCCCCUGGUUAUUGGAGCUCCUCCGAGAAUCUCUGUUCCCAGGCGAUCGGCUGUAAGAAAUACAGAGACCUACUUCCCCUGCCACGUGUGGGGAUUCUACCCCGGGGACGUCACCGUCACGUGGCUGAGAGACGGGCGGGUUCUGACCGACGCCACCCGCUCUGCCCCCCAGAGGAACCCGGACGGGACCUUUAACCUCACUGCAGUUUACAUCUUCACCCCCAUCGAGAGUGACUCCGGCAGCAUCUUCUCCUGCCGCGUCAGCCACGCGGCUCUGGCCCAGCCCCUGCGGGAGGAGUUCCCCCUGGCUGUCACAGAGGCGCAUGGUUCCACCACGGUGCUCACAGCAGUGCUGGGGAUCUCGGUAACACUGGCCGCGGUGACGACAGCGUUAGCCACUUACUUCUGGUGCCGAUGGAAAGGCCUCUGUGCCCCCACCAGCACUGGUGGGAAAGUUCCCUACUCCGACUCUGAGGUACCAGAUGGGAAAGUCUCCAAAUCCGUCUCUGAGGUGCUGGUGCCGGGCGAUGCCAUGGAGGGGACAUUCCCCGAGGACACGGCUGUGACAUGGGAGCGGAUACACGGACAGGACAGGACACUGAUCGGGACUGACGGGGUCAGCGAGGCUGGGGAGGGGCCUGAGCACCAGCCGCUGUUACACCCCCAGCCCCAGCGCUGGAGAGCGACACAGGAGAGAUCAGGGACCUGCCUCAUGGAUAACGGGGCACGGGACAGCUGCAGCUUCCACCACGAGGCCAGAGGGAUCCAAGAGCAGCGAGAGUCUGGGGAGAUCCGGCCGUGGGCCCAGCCGCAGGUGUCCGGGAUCCAGGUGUUACCGCACUGGGAGCCCCGGGACGAGGUGCCGUUUGCCGUCCAGAUCCAGAACUUUUACCCCAGCGAGAUUCACCGGAUCCAGUGGAGCUGUGAUGGGAAAACCUGGGAAAAGUGUGAACCGAUCGACUCCAGCCAGAACCCGGAUCUCACGUUCAGUGCUACCAGCGUCUGGAGAAUCCCCAGUCACCAAAUCACCCGUCCGGAAUUUACAGUCACUGUGUCCGUUCAGCAAAGCCCUCAAAGCCCCGCAAUCGAGAGAGAGAUCAGAGCCGGGGACACAGAUCUCCUGCGGCCCCCAGAGGUGUCGGAAAUCUCCCAACCCGAGUCAGUGAUGGCGGGGGAGGAAAUCACCCUGAGCUGCUGCAUGACAGGGCAUUUCCCCGGGGCGCUGAGUGUGACCUGGCUCAGGAGGGGCCGGGGGGCCGGGGCUGCUGUUCCCCUGCAGGGCUCUGCCGAGUACAGAAUCGAGCUCGGAGCUCCCCGCACACAGGACGGGAAAAGCUUCCAGCAGGAGACGAGACUCAGCUUCACCCCCUCGGUGCAGAGAGACCAGGGGGCCGAGUACAUCUGCCAGGUGGGACACUGUGCCCUACAGACCCCCCUGGAGAGACGCAGCCGGGAGCUGCAGGUGACAGAUGUUCUAGUUCCAAAGACUCCAGUUCUGGGCGAGAUCUCCCGGCCACAGGUCCUGGCCCCUGGGGAGCAGGUUACACUGAGCUGCUUCAUAUCCAGGUUCUACCCCAAGGAGCUGAGAGUGACCUGGCACCGACGGGGAAGAGGAGAGGCGACGUUCAGGUGCUUAGACAACCCGGACACCCACAAGAUUGUCACCCUAGAUCCCAAAGCCAUGCCAGACAGGAAAUCCUACAGCGUGACAUCCCAGCUCCGCUUCACCCCCGUGGUGCCCGGGGACGACGGGGCAGAGUACCGGUGUUCUGUGGAACAUCAGACCCUACAGGAGCCUGAAGCAAAAUCCACUGGGCCGCUGGAGCUGCGAGUCCCACAGGCUCCAGUUCUGGGCGAGAUCUCCCGGCCGCAGGUCCUGGCCCCCGGGGAGCAGGUUACACUGAGCUGCCAAAUAUCCAGGUUCUACCCCAAGGAGCUGAGCGUGGCCUGGCACCGACAGAAAAGAGGAGAGAUGGUGUUCCGGUGCUUAGACAACCUGGACACCCACAAGAUUGACACCCCAGACCCCACAGCCGCCGCAGACGGGAAAUCCUACAGCGUGACGUCCCAGCUCCGCUUCACCCCUUUGGUGCCCGAGGACGACGGGGCAGAGUACCUGUGUUCUGUGGAACAUCAGACCCUACAGGAGCCUGAAGGGAAAUCCACUGGGCCGCUGGAGCUGCGAGGGGAUUCACCAGAUCAAGUGGAGCUGGGACGGAGCAGAGAGAUGGAGAGACGAGAGCCCAGAAAUCAGCCAGAACACGGAUCUCACGUUCAGCGCUACGAGUGUCUGGAGAAUACCCCGCCGGGGACUGAACCGUCCGGAGCUCAGAGUCCAAGUGUCCGUUCAGCAAACCCCUCAAAGCCCCGUGAUCGAGAGAGAGAUCAGAGCCAGGGACACAGGUCUCCUGCGGCCCCCGGAGGUGUCAGAAAUCUCCCAACCCGAGUCAGUGAUGGCGGGGGAGGAAAUCACCCUGAGCUGCUGCAUGGAGGGGCAUUUCCCCGUGGAUCUGAGUGUGACCUGGCUCAGGAGGGCAGGGGGGCCAGGGCUGCUGUUCCCCUGAAGGGCUCUGCCGAGUACAGAAUCGACCACGGAGCUCCCCACACACAGGACGGGAAAAGCUUCCAGCAGGAGACGAGACUCAGCUUCACCCCCUCGGUGCAGAGAUACCAGGGGGCAGAGUACGACCACCGGGUGGGACACGAUGCCCUAUGGACCCCCAUCGAGAAGUGCAGAGGAAUGAGGGGCACAGAGCCAGCGGGUGGCUCUGGGAUCCCAGGCAGCAAGACUCCCAAAGAGAUGUGGACAAAGACCUCGGGGUUCCAGGACACACAGGACCACCCACAGACCCACAAACCUCCACCCGCCAAGCCUGUCUGCACCUUCCCCCACCCCACGCCUGCCCGGGGCCUGGCACCAGCCCAGGUGCCUCGGAGGUCUCUCUGUGCAGGGAUCCCCUGCCUAGAGGCCCAUGUGAACACCACGCACUCAGUGUCAGAGCUGGGGGCACAGAGUGACCUUCAGGUCAAUCCUUUGACUUGUGUCAAAUCACUGACGAGGAUGUUUGAGAGCCAGAUCCAACAACUGCACCCACCUCCCAUCCAACCCCGGCAGCACAGUGGCCCCCAGAGGCCGUGAGCUUUUCCAAUCCAACAGCAAACCCCUCUUUGGCAUAGACCGUAUCCUUAUAAAUAAUGGCAUAGAGAGCACACUUAUAAAGUUUGCAGACGAUACCAAGCUGGGAGGGGUUGCAAGUGCUUUAGGGGACAGGAUUAUAAUUCAAAAUGAUCUGGACAAACUGGAAAAAUGGUCUGAAGUAAAUAGGAUGAAAUUCAAUAAGGACAAAUGCAAAGUUCUCCACUUAGAAGGAACAAUCAGUUGCACACAUGCAAAGUGGGAAAUGACGGCCUAGGAAGGAGUCCUGCGGAAAGGGAUCUGGGGGUCAGAGUGGAUCACAAGCUAAAUAUGAGUCAGCAGUGUAACACUGCUGCAACAAAAGCGAACAUGAUUCUGGGAUGUAUUAGCAGGAGUGUUGUAAGCAAGACACGAGAAGUCAUUCUUCCGCUCUGCUCUGCGCUGAUACAGAAUCAGCUGGAGUAUUGUGUCUAGUUCUGGGUGCCAUAUUUCAGGAAAGAUGUGGACAAAUUGGAGAAAGUCCAGAGAAGAGCAACAAAAAUGAUUAACGGUCUAGAAAACAUGACCUAUGAGGGAAGAUUGAAAACACUGCGUUUGUUUAGUCUUGAGAAGAGAAGACUGAGAGGUGACAUGAGAACAGUUUUCAAGUACAUAAAAAGUUGCUACAAGGAAAAGGGAGAAAAAUUGUUCUCCUUAACCUCUGAGGACAGGACAAGAAUGGGCUUAAAUUGCAGCAAGGUAGGUUUAGGUUGGACAUUAGGAAAAACUUCCUAACUGUCAGGGUGGUUAAGCACUGGAAUAAAUUGCCUAGGGAGGUUGUGGAAUCUCCAUCAUUGGGGAUUUUUAAGAGCAGGUUGGACAAACCCCUGUCAGGGAUGGUCUAGAUAAUACUUAGUCCUGCCAUAAGUGUAGGGGCCUGGACUAUAUGACCUCUCGACAUCCCUUUGGGACUCUCUGUCUCGGGGGAACACCCUGCAUCCCCCCGUUCAUCCUUAUAAUAUGAUUGUGUGGUAUCCAAUGCAAAGUUUGUCAUGUCGGGUGUCUUCGGAAGGCUCAUGAUGCACUGAGCAUUGUUGUUAUAGUCAUGUUAUAGGUUGUAAUUUCAUGUAUAUAGUUAUGAGACUGAAAAUGUGUCCUCAUGGCUUAAAAAAAGCCCAGACAAAAUCCAAGAGCAGAGGGGCAGUUCACACCUCAUCAGGGCAUGGAUGGGACAAACCCAGCCCAGCCUCACAGGAACAAAGGACACUGGCCUAGGCAGCAACAAAGGAUCUGUUGGACUCUCGAGUGAGUCACCCCCCUUCCCUUGGUCAGUUUGGGACGGCGAUGAGGUGAUGCUCACCUGACCCUGAAAGGGGGGGCGCAAAGCCAAGAGGGAAGAAAGAACAUGAUAAAAGGGAGAGACAUUUGCCAUGCUCUUCCUCUCUCUUCCACCUCCAUCUACAGACAUCACUACCAAGCGACUGAAGCGCUGAUCGAAGGGGAGAGCCUGGCUGAAGGACAACCAGCCAGCCUGUGGUGAGAAGCAUCUAAGUUUGUAAGGGCAUUGAAAGUGUUAAGAUCAGCUUAGAAUGCGUUUUGUUUUUAUUUCAUUUGACCAAAUCCGACUUGUUAUGCUUUGACUUAUAAUCACU